AUGAUCUUUAACCUGACUACUGCUGCUGGGCCUGAAAUCCUACUGCAGGACAAGGACGAUGCCCCGACUGAAGGCCAGCAUUUGGUGGACACAAUAGGCAGAUUCGGGGGUGCGGGCAUCAAGACACGCGACUUGAUAUUCUGCUCUGCGUGCAACAACGUGGUCACGUUCCUGUUGGGACGUCGCCUGGACCUGGAUGAUCCACGACGGAAGGACAUGGACGACCACCUCGAGGGCUUCCUUCUGGGCAGUGCAGCCUCGUCUAUCGACUGUCGCCCACGCUGGUUGAAGUCGCUCGAGCGCUGGCUGUGGCCCACUUCUCCACGCGUCCACGUCGAAGACAUGGCCAAGCAGCUUGAGGCCAUGUCAAAAAGAGAAGUCCACCGAGCGAUGCGCAUGGAUAAAUCUCAGCGUAACAAGGCCGUCAUCGACAUCUACAAAGCAAAAAUGGACGACGUUGGCAACGAAGGCGACACGUUUACUGGCGAAGGACCGCAUAUAGUGGGCAACACGACCGACUACCUGCUGGGCGCCACGGCCGUGGUGGCGCUGUUCGUGCAAAGCCACAUACUCAUGUUCGCCGCCCGUGCGGACAGCCUGCAGGAGCAAGUGCGCCGGGAGAUCGACCGUGUUGUGGGCAGGGAGCGGCUGCCCACGUGGACGGACCACGUCCACAUGCCACUCACCAUGGCCACCAUCUGGGAGAUGUACCGCUGGAAAGCGUGCACGCCUUUCGGCAUUCCUCGCGGAGUCGCGGAAGACACGGUGAUCGGUGGCUACCACGUUCCCAAGGGCACCGUACUGCUGCCCAACUUUUGGGCUGUGCACCAGAGUACCGAGCUAUGGAAGGAGCCAGAGAAGUUCAACCCUUCGCGAUUCAUCGGACCCGACGGCACCGCACCGUCUAUCAGACCCACGCAUAUUAUAACCUUUUCGUUGGGUAAAAGAAUGUGCCCAGGGGAAAGCUUGGCAACGGCUGAGGUGUUUCUCUACCUGACCAUGCUGCUUCAGAAGUUCAGAAUCUUUCCCGAAGAGGGCACCACUGUGCACAUUGGUUCGUACCAGCCGCUAUACGAGCACGCCGCCACCAAGAUACGUUUCCUGCCUCACUCCGAUUGAAACGCCCCUCGGAGAGGCGCCGAUGAAGCAGUGCCCACCAAAACAACGCAGUCGCAAUGGCGGUGGUCUGCUGAGAUACGGGGCUGGGUUGCUCCCAGCUGUGGCGGCCGUAUUUUGAUGAGGACGAAAUACAAGAACAUUCACAUACUUACACACGGCUUAAUGUUAAAAAAGUAAAGAGUAGAGAAGGGGGUGUUGAUGAUGAUGAGGACGAAGGUGGCGAUGUAGUGAUGCCGUGGACCU